AUGCUCGAAAGCUCGAAGUUUCAUGUUUACCUAAAAGUUCUAAUUUCAGGCGGCAAUAGUCGUAACAGCAGUAGCAGUAACAGUAAUAAUACUAAUAAUACCGAUAGCGGUAGUGGUGGUGGUGGUGGUGGUAGCGGUGGUGGUGGUGGCGGUGGUGGCGGUGGCAAUAAUAAUACUAACCACUCGGGCUUCUCUUCUAGCUCGAGUGGUAAAGAGAUACCCACAACUUCUGCUGCAGUAACAGCAACUCCUGGUAUCGGCUACUCGAGCUGUAUCAUGUAUGAUCAACAUCCAUCUGUCGCUGAUUCCUAUUCAUUAGUUGUCACCACGUCAGCUGACACUAAUAAUACCAAUAAUGGUGGUGUAACAAUUGGGAAGAUCGACAAUGAUAUCGAAACGACAAUGAUAUCAAGAUCAGAGGGACAGAGGCAGCAAGAGCAUGGAUGUCGAUUGUGUAUCGCAUGCUUGCAAGAAAUACGUGAUCCUUUUGUGUUACGUGUCAAUCCAGACCUGGAAUUCCACGCCGGAUGUCUGAAGUGUGAACAAUGUGAGUGUUAUUUGGAUGAAACUUGUACAGCCUAUAUUCGGGAUAAUAAACCAUACUGUAAGAAGGAUUAUAUCAGGUUAGUAACUUUUGAUAUUUCUCUUCUCUCAUGA